AUGUUGACAACGACUGCUUCGAUGAUCUAUGAUAAGGUUAAGUUGGCUUUAAAUCAAAUUUUACCUUAUCAUCAAAUAUACGUACAUCUUUUAAACAUUUAGAUCUAAUAAGUAGAAUAUAAAUUUGAAGAGAACAUCCAAAAUAACGAAUGCAUUUAAGGAGAUGAAAAUUACAAUAAUUAUAUAUAGGUGCCUUUUUUGGAAACAUUAUUCAAAGACAAAAUAGAUAAGAAAAGCGAAUCGACAAUCAAAUAAUCAGAGGAUAACAAUGCCUUUAUAAGUCAAGAUUCUUAAAAUGAUUUAGAGAACAAUAUUUCCUACAGUGAUGAAAUUGAUACCAGAGAACUAGAUAAAUUAAUUUAAACUCUUUCUCGAUUAAUAAGUUGCCAAUCUGUUAAAGAAUUUGACAGUAUAGCUAUUUAUCAAAAAGAAGCAGAUCAGAAAUAAAAUAAUUAAAUAUUGAUAACUUUUAAAUUAACAUAAGAAUGCUUUAGCAAUCUUAAAGUUUAUUCCUUUAACUUAUAACCUGAUUCGCAGCCAGUUACAAUCAAUUUUUAAUAAGCAGAAAUUCUGAAUGGACAAUCAGAACAUUAAGAAUUCAUUCCUGUGGCAUAAGAUGAGUUUAGCAAGUGCAUCAAAGUUACAGAUCUAAACUUCUUUUACAUUACUGCAGAAGAUCUAAUUCAUAUGAAAUUAGAUAUCCCUAAUACAAAACCAAUUUUAUUAUUUCUUUCUCCUUAUUUUUAGUACAAAGAUUUAGAUAUAUUAUAGUUGGAGACUUAUUUAAUUUAUGAUAAGAAGCAAACAUAGUAAGAAGAAAGCAUAAUCAUUAUUAUCAAUAUAGUAGGGAGACUCAAAUUGAAAAUUGAAAUCUAAUUGACUAAUUGCGAAUAUUGUCAUUCUAUCAAUAAUGCAUAUGAGACUCAUUUGUAUUUCAAACUAAAUCAUCCUCCAAUUUGUAGCGCUGCCUUAUUUGAUAAAACUAAAAUUGAUUUUUUAGAUACUUAGACUGAAUGGACAAGAAUUGAAAAUAUAUAUUUGAAUUCUUAUUUUCAAAAACAUCAAAAUUUGUUAGAAAAGUAUGUAAUCUUAAAUAACACUAUUAUCGAAAUUUAAUUAAAUAAUAUUAAAUCAUGUAAUGAAGUUAGGUUACUUAAUUAAUUAUAAUCAAGAUUAAAAUAAAAGAAGAUACUUUAUGAUAAUAAAAUUUAGCUCAAUAUUUCUAAGUAAACUGAAAGAAAUUCCAAAUUUGAUAUUUUAUAAUAACAACUAGAUAAAAGUAAAUUGAGCUUUGAAUAAAAAUACAAUUUCAUUUGUAUUCUCUCAUAAAAUCGUAUUAUAGAAUUUCAUCAUUUGAAAACAUUGUUAAUUUUAAUGUGCAAGCAAUAACAAAAUUUGGAAUGUAUUCUUGAUUCUGCUUUCCAAUUAUUUAUGAGAUUGAGUUAAAAUUUGUCAUGUUCAAUCAGAAUUUCUGAUCAAAAUAAUAGGAAUCUCUUUAUUUUUCAAAAAGAACUUAAAGCACUUAACUGUUAAAUUCAAUAAAAUUCAUGCCUCUAGAGACCUAUGUUAGUGAAACAAGCUAAAUUGACCCCAUCAGGUUACAUCCCUAUGAUAGGGUAACCAGAAAAACCCAAAUUAUUAACUACAUUAUUUCAACAUUAAAAUGUCGUCAAAUUAAGCAUCAGAGAUGAUAAUGGAAAAUUGAUUAAGAAAAAUAGAUCGAAUUUUGGAGAAUUCUUUAAAAUUUAAUUAACUGAGGGUUUUACUAUUUGUUCUGAAAAAUGGAAAUUGUUAGGGUGGAACAAUAAAGAAUUAAGAUAAAACAAUUUAUGGAUGAAUAAAGUCUCACAUAAGGAAUUGGAUAAUUUCUUGGCCAAUUUCAAAUAGGAUUCUUUUAUUUUAUAAUAGUAGACAGAAGUCAAUUCUAAGUUUUGGAACUUCUUUAUUGACGGUCAAACAAUAGAAUUUAAAUAACUUAUCAUUGUAGUUAUAAAAAAUUAGAUAAAAGAGAAUAAUUUUAGUCAUUUUGGCUAGAUAUCUGGAAAUUUGAUAGGGAAAGUAAGGGAAAUAUUAAAGAAUUAGGAAAUUUCAGCAGUUAAGGUUGUAUUUAAUGGGAUUUAGUAUGUUUUGCAAUUGAAUAGCAAUUUAAAAGAUAACACAAUCUAAUUGAAUUCGCAAUAAAAGUAAUUUUCAAGUUUCAAUGAUGUAAUCACAGUAACAGAUUAUAAUAAGUUUAGAGGAGCAUAUUUGAAUAAAGGAUUGAUAAGAGUUUUUUAUUAGAUGGGUAUUAAGGAAGAGGUCUUUAUUUAAUUAUUGAAUUGUAAAAUUUGAU